CGUUACAUUGCCACUCCAACCUUCCAAGUGUAUCUUAGAGCCACAAGGAGAUAUUAAAUAGGUGGAGAGGAUUUUACUCGAGAAGGGAAGACAAGGAUUUGCAGGAGGCAUUGCUUCGAGCUAUGUCCCUGAGUCCAAAGCAUACUACACCUUUCUCCGUCACGGACAUACUCAGUCCUUUGGACCACGAUACUUACAAAAGAACGACGAUAGAGGCUGCUAUUCCCCCUCUUAAUCCGUACCGAUCGUCACAGCAUCCACAGAGUAUGAACGGAACUGGAGCUAUGAAUUUACCGGUCACCAAUCCUUACCAUAAUUAUGGAGUACCUCCGCUAUCGCACCACACCCCGAGUUACCCAUCCGCUUACUGUAAUGGUUCGGAUCUGGGCUACGGGGAUCCUACCCGCCAUUCGGCGUCGAGUUGGUAUGGAACCAGCAACGAUCCCAGAUUGACAUUUCCCAGACUAACCAUGAAUGCUGCCAGUUCUUGUGCCAUGUCAUCUAUGUCGAUGCCCUCAUCAAUGAUGGGUGCCGACCAAUACAGUAAUUAUAAAACGGGCAUGCAGUUUCCCUUAACUCAGAGACGAAAAAGGCGAGUGCUAUUUUCUCAGGCACAAGUAUAUGAACUCGAGAGACGUUUCAAACAACAGAAAUAUCUCUCCGCACCUGAAAGAGAACAUUUAUCAAGCAUGAUUAAUUUGACACCUACUCAGGUCAAAAUAUGGUUUCAGAAUCAUCGUUACAAGCACAAACGCAUGUCCAAAGACAAGGACAAGUCGGAUCAGAAAUCGGAAUCAUCGUCGGAAAGGCAGAGUUCACAGAAUCAGUCACAAAACCACAGCUCUAGCUCAUCUGGAAGUGGAAGUUCGAAUCCUUCGCCUAGAAGGGUUGCCGUUCCUGUUUUGGUAAAGGACGGAAAACCUUGCAGUAAUUCAAAUGACAAUCCGAGCAACCAGCAGCAAGGUCACACAAAUACUUCAUCAACAGGUCAUUCACACGGCUCAGCAAAUUCAUCUAUACAGUCUCCAUCUUCCAUGCAUUCCUCUUGUGCUGUGUCCUCAGCCAAAAACUUGAUUCACGUGAAUUCACUCGGCUCGCCGACAUUGUCCGAAAUGUCCGGAACAAUUUCUGCCAAUAGUGUUAAUUCUCAAAACCCUUUAUCUCACAAUUUACUGACUAACGGACUUGGAUACGUUUCUACGAGUGUUAAUGGAUCCACACUAUCCUCGUCACCCUAUUUGAUGAACGGAAGAACCUGGUAAAAAAUCAAACUCAUCAAAUUUUAAUCAAGACUUUUGUUAUUUACAUAAUAUAUAAACUAUGAGUUUUUAUACUCUACGUACCGAGUGGAGCAAGAAAAUAGAAUGGAUUCUAAAUAAUUAUUAUGCUGUGUGUGUUGAAAAAUCAUAAAACUUUUAUAUGUUCAGCUGGUCUUUGAUAGCGACUCCCAUAAACACUUUGUUAUCAACGUGAGAUGUAGGUUUCACUCCCUCUUGUUCAAAUUUGUUCUCGGCAAUAAAAUAAAACGAAACGAAACAUAAAAGACUGUAAGUUUGUUUCAUUUACCUCAUUUUUGUUUUAAUGCCGAUUUUAUUAAUUUUUUUUCAUAUCUAUGUGCUAUUUAUUAUUGGUCGUGCUUAUCACUAAGAUUAUCAUUAUCAUAUUACAUCCAAUAAUAAUAUCAGUUUAUCAAUGACAGUUCCCGAUAAAAUGGCAGAUUUCAAUAUUUGAUUACUGGUACAUAAUACUUGAUUCAUAAUGCAUUUUAGAAUUUUAUCUCUUACUCUACCAUGGGAAUUCAUAUAACGUGCCCUUUAAGAUAAAACCAAACAAACAAGAGUUUCUGUGAAACGGUCGCAAUUUCUUAAUGUCUUUUCUCAAGUAUCUGACUAUCACAAAUCAUGCAUAGACUCACAUUCUGAAUGUGCUAUUGUAUUAUUACAUGCGAGAUU